UCUGUCUGUCACUUUUGACCCCCGGAAGCAGCAGCAGCAUCAGGCGGCGGCGUAUCGGUGCGUGACGGCAAUCUUGGGCGCUAUAUAAGAGGGCCCCAAACCGCCAUAGCCUAGUGCUUCCAUAGGCAUCGCGGCAGGGAGCUCGGGGUCGGAGGAGGAGGAAGAAGAAGAGGAAGGUUGAGGAGUUUUCUGAACUUUCCCAAACCGAGCUGUUCACCGGCGGUGGGUGUGCACAUGACGACGUCGAUGGAGAAGCCCCGGCAGGUGGUGCGGAAGUUCCUGGCCCGGCCGCAGCACGAGGGCGUCGGCGCCGUCGUCCGCCGCAGCAUCGGGAGGUUCGAGUUGAGGUACUUCGAUCCGUUCCUCGUCCUGGAUGAGUUCUCAGUCUCUGCUCCGGCUGGGUUCCCCGAUCAUCCGCACAGAGGUUUCGAGACCGUCACUUACAUGCUCGAGGGAGCGGUGACGCACGAGGACUUCGAGGGCCACCGUGGCACGAUCAAGGCCGGCGACGUGCAGUGGAUGACUGCCGGCCGCGGCAUCGUGCACUCGGAGAUGCCGGCGGGGCCAGGCACCUCCAAGGGACUCCAGCUCUGGGUCAACCUCUCCUCCCGCAACAAGAUGAUCGAGCCGGGGUACCAGGAGAUACAGAGCAAGGACAUCGCGUGCACGACGUCGGACGGCGUGACGGUGCGGGUGAUCGCCGGGCAGUCGAUGGGCGCCCAGUCGCCGGUGUGCACGCGGACGCCGACGAUGUACCUGGACUUCACGGUGCGGCCGCACGCGGCGGCGCGGCAGCCGGUGUGCGCGGCGUGGAACGCGUUCGCGUACGUGCUGGAGGGGGAGGGCGUGUUCGGCGGCGGCGGCGGCGAGAAGGCCGGGCCGCACCACCUGCUGCUGCUCGGCCAGGGCGACGGCGUCGAGGUGUGGAACAGGUCGGACAAGCCGCUCAGGUUCCUGCUCAUCGCCGGCGAGCCCAUCGGCGAGCCCGUGGCGCAGCUGGGCCCCUUCGUCAUGAACACCGAGGAGGAGAUCGACAUGACCAUCAACGACUUCGAGUUCAACAUCAAUGGAUUCGAGAAGGCGAAGCACUGGAAGUCUCAGGCGCUGGUCGCGCUCGGCAUAGAGUAGGGUGAAACCAUUGCCAUGCCAUGCCACGACACGACACGCUCCGAAGAAAAACAAAAGAACAGUUCUUUCUCUAAUGAUACGAGGUUGUUUAAUUUGUUUAUUUUUCCUCUUCCAAACGAAUAGCGAUCACUUUGUGUACAUAUCUGGCAUAAAAAAGAUUGCUUGCUUUUUAGUUAGGCAGGUGCUUCAAAUCUUCGGCCCUCUGAGUGAAAAUUAUGUACUCAACACGUUCAUAAAGAAGUCGUUUUUGACUUUUUCAAUGUCU